CAGCAGUGGAGGGAAGCCCCACUCCACACCUCCCACUGCGCCCCCACCUCGCCUCCACCCUGCCGGUUAAAGACUGGCUCCAUCUCAGACCGGACAGUUAUUAUAAGCUGAGAACAGAUCAGUCCGUUUUAUGGAGGGACCUUCAUAUUUUUGCUCUGAAAAUUUGCGUUUUCUGGUCAAAAAAUUUCAAACUUUCACAUUUUGUUGCUGCGUGGAUUUUACUGAGGAAUGAACGGAAGCAGCUCGGUGUUUGGAGCCGAGCAGCUGCGCCUAAUGUCGGACAAAACUCCCGCUUUCACUUCCUCCGCCUGAGGAAUGAAAAGUGCGUGAAGCUGCGGACUGAGAGUCUCCCCGCAGCAGUGUGGAGCGCACUCACUGGAUGAUCACCUGCUGGAGGCGGAGUCAGCCCAACUGGGUCAUAUUGUAACCAGGACUCCACUCUGAGGACAAGAUGUCUGCCGGUGCAGGCUCCGCCCCCCGGCGCCAUCCAUGGAUCUGGUGUUUCCUGGCUCUGAUCACAGCUCCUCCAGGAGGUCAAGGGGGCGACCUGAUGGAGCCGUGUGGCGGGCGGGACUGCACCACCUGCCAGUGUUUACCUGCCAAAGGAGCCAGGGGUUUCCCAGGUCCUCUUGGUCCGCAGGGGCCUCGGGGGCCUGCAGGCUUCCCGGGCGGACAGGGACUUCCAGGGCAGAAGGGCGGCAGAGGAGCCGAGGGGCCGAUGGGAGGUCAUGGGGUAAAAGGAGAUGCUGGCCCCAUCGGUCUGCAGGGUUUUCCGGGAUUGGACGGAGUCCCGGGCCUCCCCGGCCCGGCUGGAGGGCCUGGUCAUCCAGGUCUGGACGGAUGCAACGGAACCAGAGGAAACCAGGGGUAUCCGGGGCUUCCAGGAGAACAAGGCCCUAAUGGAGAACCGGGUUUUACCGGUCCGAAGGGACUUAAAGGAGAGCCAUCGGCCAACUUCAUCCAGUACCCCGGAGCUCCUGGCGACGCCGGGCCCAGCGGACUGCUGGGUCUGCCGGGGGAAGAUGGUCUGCCGGGGCCGACCGGACCCGCGGGGCCAACCGGAUCAGAUGGACCCACUGGCUCUCCUGGUUCCCCCGGACCCAGGGGCCCGCCUGGUCAAAAAGGUCGAUUACUGCCGGGACCGAAAGGAGAGAAGGGAGACCAGGGCCCCCAGGGGCCUCCAGGGCCCUUCGAGUACAUUGACGUUCCAGAGGACUUGUACAUCAAAGGGGAGAAGGGAUCUUCAGGGGAACCAGGACAGCGUGGCGUUCAGGGACUCCAGAGUCGGGAUGCGCCGCCUGGGAUCAAAGGAGAGGCGGGGAUCGUUGGAUUUCCAGGAGCCAGAGGGGAUUCUGGUCGACCCGGUCCGUCCGGACGGAAAGGCCCCCGGGGGAUGGAAGGGAGCCAGGGCCUCCCAGGACUGAUAGGUCAAGAAGGUUUUAAGGGCUUUGCUGGUGAUCCGGGCCCUGAAGGCCCCCCUCUGAUCGAUGAUAUCACUCACAUAGGCGAGGCCGGGGACCCUGGGUUCCCCGGGAAGAGGGGCCCUCCUGGCGACAUGGGGCCAAUGGGAACGCUUGGUCCCCCAGGAUUCCCAGGAUCAUCAACACCAGGACUUAAAGGUUUUGAUGGUCCGAAGGGCCAACCUGGGUACAAAGGGGAGAGAGGAGAUCCGGGUCAGACUACGGACGAAGUGGCACACGGAGAACCUGGAAAACCAGGACAGCGGGGACAGCGAGGGCCGAAGGGACAGCAGGGCCUCCCAGGAACGGUCUGUCUUAAAGGAGACAAAGGAGGCAUGGGAGAGCCAGGUGAUGGGGGCUUUCCAGGACCGAGAGGUGAUGAUGGCUUUAGAGGUGAUCCUGGUGAAUGUCUAUGCAAAUCUACUGACCUGAAGGGCCCUCCAGGGCUUCCAGGGGCUAACGGGCUCCCAGGGUCAAUAGGGCAGCGCGGACCCCCAGGCCCCAAAGGAGAGAUGGGUUACUCUGGAGACCCAGGAGCGAAGGGGGCCCAGGGACCGAGGGGCUUCAGGGGGCCCAACGGCCAGAAAGGACAGAAAGGUUUCACUGUGGCCGGCUUGAAAGGUGAAAAGGGAGAAAAGGGCAAAGGGGGCCCUGAAGGGGCCCAAGGAACCUGGGGGACAGUCGGACCCCCAGGGCGCCCAGGACCACCUGGAGACCCGGGACUUAAGGGGGACAGUGUCCCUGGUUUCCCUGGAGACAAAGGCUUCCCUGGACCCCAGGGACCGAAUGGAUUCCCAGGACGGUCGGGGCCCCCUGGAGUCAGCGUGGCGGGGACCCCUGGAGAGCGCGGGACCCCUGGCAACCCGGGACCUGAUGGAUUUCCUGGACCGCCUGGACUGAAGGGAGAUCCAGGAGACCAUGGCCUCUGGUUUUCGAAUCCCGGCCGUCCGGGGCCGAAGGGACACCGUGGACCACCAGGUGCCCCAGGUCCUCCAGGUGCUAAUGGCACCGCUGGCAUCCGAGGGCCGGACGGGCCUAAAGGGGACCAGGGACUGUCUUACGCUCCAGGACCGCCUGGGGACCAAGGACCUCCAGGAGCUGCUGGAGAUCCUGGAGAAAAGGGAACCGACGGUUAUUGUGAUGAUGGAUGUCCAGGUUCUCCGGGGCCGCUGGGCCCCCCUGGGCCCCCCGGACCAAGAGGCAAUAUUCAGAGUGGCCCCCAGGGGCCCGAAGGCCAGCCUGGACCGCCGGGGUCCCCAGGACGUAAAGGACGCCUCGGCCCCCCGGGCAACCAGGGAGCACCAGGUCCCCAGGGGCCUUCUGGCUACCCUGGAGCGAAUGGACACAAAGGAUAUGCCGGGGCCCCUGGCCGACCAGGUCCUCCGGGGUCCACAUCAGACGAUUGUAAGGCAGGGACGCCUGAUAACAUGGGCCCUCCAGGCCCUCCGGGACCUUGUGGCCCUCAAGGACCUGGUGGCCCUCGCGGUUGUAAAGGUGAAGUUGGGGAUAAAGGUCAUUCAGCUAUUGGUCCAAAAGGCAAGAUUGGAGAACCUGGAGUUCAGGGGUCUCCAGGGACACAAGGAUGUAAGGGGCCCCAAGGCCCUGUUGGGGACACUGGCUCAAUGGGGCCCUCUGGUGGGAAAGGUCUGACUGGGCCGGAGGGCUUUGAAGGAAGGCCAGGUUUUCCAGGAAACAAGGGCAAUCCUGGAGGCUCAGGCAAGCCCGGAGAGCGGGGGCCUAAAGGACAAGAUGGUGGUCAGGGUUGUGCAGGCCCAAAGGGACCAAAAGGUCACAAAGGUUGUGCUGGUCCUCCAGGAGAACUCAUCCCCAGACCUGAAAAGGGCCCAAUAGGACCACGAGGAUGCCCCGGCGAUCCCGGAUUCUCCGGACCACGAGGAAACAAAGGUGAGGCUGGAUGCACAGGGAAUACUGGGUAUCCGGGCCCCAAUGGACCCCCAGGUUGUAGGGGACCUCAGGGACCCCGAGGGCCCCAGGGUAAGCAAGGCCCGCCCGGACCUCCAGGAACCAAAGGACAUCAAGGAUACUUCGGAUUUCCUGGGCUGAAUGGAGAACUGGGCGACUCAGGAUGUCAGGGACCCCCUGGGAGACCUGGGAGUCCAGGAUGUCGUGGACCUAGAGGUGAUAAAGGAGACGCCCUUGGUGGUCCUGGUCCACCUGGAGAUAAGGGCCAUCCUGGGAACCGAGGCCCUGAUGGCCCUUGUGGUCCUCCUGGAGAUUGUGGGCACAAAGGCCUCUGUGGACCACAAGGACAGAGAGGAUGCAAGGGACACAAAGGAUUACGAGGAUGCCCUGGUGAACCAGGUGUGGCUGGUCCUCCAGGGCCCAGAGGUUACCAUGGGCUUCGAGGGCCUCCUGGUCGAGAUGGAGUGGACGGUCCCCCGGGGAGGGAUGGUAACCCAGGAAACAGAGGAGCUCCGGGGCCACCAGGGCUUCAUGGGUUAGACGGACUGAGUGGACAGGCAGGUGCCAUGGGGUCCAAAGGUGUAUGUCCGGACAUCAGUAAAAGUGAAAAAGGCCCUCCAGGUCCUAAAGGUCUUCCAGGUCCUCCAGGUCCACCAGGUCCUACUUGUCCACCCAAGAACGGCCCACCAGGACCGAAAGGCCCAACGGGACCCCAGGGGCCUCCAGGUGAUAGUGGACCGCCAGGUCCACCUGGAGGCGACUGUAAAAACCCAAAACCAGGGCUAUGUGGGGAUCCUGGUGAUAGGGGCCCAGAUGGAGAUCCAGGUUGUCCUGGUGAAAUGGGAGAUCCUGGUCCAAAUACACCAAACUGUGGGGACAAAGGAGACACCGGUGAUCCAGGGUGCUCAGGGCCAAAAGGACGCCAUGGAUAUCAGGGGCCACCCGGACCACCAGGCAACCCUGGAAACCAAGGGCCCAAAGGUAUGAGAGGCGACUCGGGUUUGCUGGGCAUACCUGGAGAACAGGGUCCGAGGGGUCACCCAGGUCGCCCAGGGCCCAAAGGAAGGCCUGGGGUCAAUGGAUCAGACGGUCCAAAAGGGCAGAAGGGCCGAAUCUUAUCGAAUGGCCCUCCCUGCUCACCAGUUAGGGGCCCUAGCGGGCCACCUGGCCCUCCUGGAGCUAGCGGAGAUCGGGGCCAGAGGGGAGAAAUUGGCCUCUUAGGUAGGAAUGGGAUAAAGGGGGAUCCUGGGGCUGAUGGAGCAAUGGGACCCCAGGGGCAAGAAGGUUCCCUGGGACAGAUGGGAGAGUCAGGCCAGCCUGGAGAGAACGGAGUUCUGGGAGAAAAGGGUGAUCCGGGUCCCCCCGGUGACCCAGGUCCACCUGGGCCGACCGGAGGCAUGAAACCAGGGUUCCUGUUGGUGAAACACAGCCAAUCAAAGAAUGAACCAACAUGUCCGCCAAAUAUGCAUCCACUUUGGACUGGAUACAGCCUGCUGUACCUGGAGGGCCAGGAGAAGGCGUACUCCCAGGAUCUGGGUCAGGCCGGUUCCUGCAUUCCCGUGUUCUCCACCUUGCCGUUCUCCGUCUGCGAGACCAAAAAGUGCAAAUACGCCAAUCGAAACGACAAAUCCUAUUGGCUGUCGACGAUGAAGCCGCAACCAGACCAUCCAUUCAGAGGAGAUGCCAUCAAGGAGUACAUCAGCCGCUGCGUGGUGUGUGAGGCGCCCUCUGCUGCCGUGGCCAUGCAUGACCCCAACUCCAGAGAGCCACCAAGCUGUCCCCCCAACUGGAGCCGCCUGUGGACUGGAUACUCCUUCAUCAUGUUUUCAGGUGGCGGUGAUGAGGGCGGCGGCCUCUCUCUGAUGUCGCCGGGCAGCUGCCUGUCUCAGUUCAAAGCCCAGCCCUUCGUGGAGUGCCAGGGCGCGCGGGGAACCUGCCACUUCUUCGCCAACAUCUACAGCUUCUGGCUGACCACCCAGAGCGGCACCGAGGGCGCGCUGACCGACUCCGACCAGCAGAGGGCGCACGUCGCCCAGUGCAGCGUCUGCAUCCGCAUGUGAGGCGCAGCAGGGCGGCGCUGGAGAGACUGGCGCCUUAAAGACCGAGGCGGGGCACAGGGUGAGGCUUUUAUUUUGAAGAGGAGAAACUGUGAUGAUCCCGGCUGCCGAAACGCUGAUCAGUGGGUCCGUCACCAACAUGGCGACUGGAAAAUGGAAAGAUAUUUAGUUUUAACCUCUAAAAUGGCCGAGCUUGUGCUGACUUCCUGCAGACGGAUUUUACCAAAACAAUUUAGAGAAUAAAUACAGCAGGAUGCUGACAGUCCUAAUUAUUAGAGUUGAAAUCAAGGAAACAGUCGAACUUAAUCAGAUUAAAGGUUAAAAAGUAACAUAAACAAAAUCAACAGCUUUAAUGAUUUCAGGUCCUCCUUUCUCUCAGUUUUCCCUCAUCAGGUGUUAAACCGGAUCAGAACCAGAUCCUUCUCUAAAGUUCACUUCAUAGCCAGAAACAGAAACUCAGGAACUUCUGGAGCUUUAAAAGUUCACAGUUCUGACAGUUCCAGCUAAAAACAGAGUUUAAAGUUUUUUAAAUGUUGCCAAAUCAUUUCCUGUUUAACACAAUUCAGCUUAAAUGUUUUUCUGGUUUUUAUCUCAUAUUUUGUUCAUUCAAUUCAUUUUAAUUUAAAAUUCUUUAUUGAUCCCAUAGAGAAAUGAAAUGUAACUCAGAUCAUCCCAGUUUCUUCAGAGUUGGUGUUGAAGGCGAUGCUGCAGGCAGGAAGGAUCUCCAGUAGCAGUCAGGGUUCCAACGAUUCUGCAGAGGCAUCUGACUGAAGACUGCUGCUGUGUGACAUGCUAACAUGCUAAUACGCAGGCAGCAGAGAUGAUAUUCCACAGGAACAUAUCCUGGGUGACAUCAUCAGUUGUUAGCUAGCGAUGCUAAUUCACCUCUUUUGCUUUUGCUGCUCCUCUCUAUGUCUGUGCCUGGCUGUUUGGUGAGAGAGAUGUUGGAGUAGGGGAUUCAACCCUAAAGUCAGUUGAAACUCUGGCUCGAGUUUGAACUUCUUCCAUUUUGUUUGCCAAAGAUCUCUCAUUGGCCAACACGAUGGAGGGAAGAGAUGGUCUGAACUUCCUCCUUUUCAGCUCCUCCUGGAUCUGGGGUCAAAGUUCAGGUCUUAGCUUUAGACAUGCUAACCUUCCUUUCACAAGCUAGUUGUGUCGUUGCAUGGUGUGUAUUUAUGUCCAUCAUCUGGGCGGAGCCUGACGCCCGACCCUGGCAGCCCAUUGGCUGCUGCAACCUUUCUCUCCUCCUGUCAGGCACUAAGCCCCGCCCCUAGCGGCAGCAGCGACCACUCUGAUUGGUUGGCUGGGAGGCAGCAAUGGAAAACAAGUCGCUGUUUUUUGUUUUGUUGAGAACUGCGUGGAAAGCUGUGAAUAUUUUUUCAUAUCUUUGAUCCGCUUUAAUGUUU